AUGCCACAAGACACCCCAACUGUCCAACCCAAAAAACCAUCUCAGCCUCACCAGCCAUUAGCUUGCAUGUCAACCAUCAAGAAGAAUACCGCGCAAAAAAAACUGGGGCAAAGGAGAGAUGUUGGGGGAAGGGGGGCUAGUUGUACCAAGUCAGAGCAAGCAGAUGCAGCAAAAAUUCUCACUCCCCCAAACAAGAGGCCUCAAAUGGCUACAGAGGAGGAAGAGUUGGAGAUGGAAAUGGAUGAGGAGGGCCUCCCACUUUACUGGGUGUCCAAUGAGGAGGACCAUGAUGACGUGAUCCAGUUCUGUGCCCAUUGCCAGAAUGGGGGUCAUAUAUUCUCCUAUAAAGCCUCAACCGCUGCUAUAGCAUCCUCCUCAUUCAUAUGCCCACAUUGCAUUGAGGGGAAAUGGGCUGGUGACAAGGGCAAGCAUACCUCACAGCCAUACUAUGAGAGUUUGGUGUUUUACCAUCUUGAUGCCCACAACAACCCUGUCAAACCAGCCGUUCAAAAAUUUGUCAAGAUUAAGACUUUUUCAGUGUUUACUCAAGGGUUGCAAAACCUUCAUUGCCCCCUCUUCAUCAUCCACUUUGCCCUCAAAGGCCUUUCACCUCAGGGCUCUGCUGCCCAUGGCCUCCAUCUUGACAUAAGUGCCUAUCUAACCUCACAAUACCUCCAGUUUGUGGAGAUCACUUUUGAUCUUUCCACAAGCACCACAACUGCUAUCCUGUGGCCCUUUAGUGAAGGAGAGGGACAGCUUUUUGGACUUACAGUCUGGGAUCCAAAUCUAUGGUUUUAUGAAUGCCGUGGCAUUCACUGCUGCUCACCUGCAGCCUACUCUCCUCUGCCCCCUGGUCAGGGCAUAUUCCCACACUGUUCUUCUUGA